AUUUAGCAUUGUUAUGAUAGACCUGACCCUGAAUAGUGCUAGAACCUUUAACUGAGGCUUUGUAAAAGCAAGGUGAAAGCAGCUCUUAUCUGAAAGGCUUUUUAGCUUAAAACAUCAUACCAUAUACAGAAAAGUUCCUAGUUCCUGUAACCACUUUGAGGAAGACCAACAACCAGACUGAAAAGCUUAAAAACACAGCUGUCAACACAGUCGUGCUGAGCUAGAACAUAUUCUAAGUUUGAUCUCUUUUAAACCCUUGGUAAAUAAGGACGAUUAAGGACGGAUCUGUGUCAGAUGGCCAGACGCUGCAGUCUAGAGUCUCUAGAGGAGCAGCUACGUUGCCCUGUGUGCCUGGAGGUCUUCUCUGAGCCUCUUAUGCUGCAGUGUGGCCACUCGUACUGCCGUGGCUGUGUGCGCUCUAUGGGCAUGGAUCCUCUGGGGCAGCUCCAGUGUCCUGUGUGUCGCUGUGCAGUGGAUGGCGACAGCCCUCCACCUAAUGUAGCACUGGCUCGUAUUGUGGAUGCCCUGCGGGAGAUCAGUGAACCAGGUCAAGGCCCUCCAGAGACAUGCAACCAACACCAUAAUCCCCUGAGUUUGUACUGUGAGGAAGACCAGACGUUGAUCUGUGGACUGUGUGGCAGCAUCGGAAGCCACAGAGCACACAAGGUCACGCCAAUCAGCAGCGUCUACAGCCGAAUGAAGGAGGACAUUUCCUGUCUGCUGACUAACUUUCAGACACAGAAGAGGAAACUGGAAGAGCAGAUUUGUAAAAUGGCCUACAAUAAGUCUCGCAUUACAAAUGAGUCGGAUGUGCUGAAGUGGGUGGUGCGGAAGGAGUUUGGGGAGCUGCGACACUGGGUGGAACUUGAGGAGGCCAGCUUCAUGCAGAAGGUAGAGAACACCGCCUCGACUCUCAUCUCCUCAAUCCAGACCCAGGCUGAUCAAAUGAGUCAGCUGCUGGCUAAGUUCCAGGAGGCUGAAGGCACACUAGAAGCCCUGAGCAACGAGAACCAUCUGGACUUUAUCACUAAAUAUGGCUCUAUUGCCCCAAGGUUUCGAGAGAGCCAGCAGAGAGAACAGAAGAACGAGAGGACCUACAGCUCCAUCAGCUUUAAGCCAGGCUUUAAUCACAGUGAUAUCAAAAUGACUGUAUGGAAGAGAUUACACAGGAGAGUUUUACCAGCUCCUGAAUUGCUGAAUUUUGACCCUCUCACAGCUCACCCGAUGCUGCACCUCAGUGAAGACCUCACCACUGUGGAAUGUGGAGUCCUCGUCAACCGCCUGCCCAACAAUCCUGAGCGUUUCAGCUACAGCUACUGUGUGCUGGCCAACCGUGGCUUCUCAUCAGGCAAGCACUACUGGGAGGUCCAGGUGGGAGAGAAACCAAAAUGGAGGCUGGGGUUAAUCAAAGGGACUACUUGCCGUAAGAGUAAGCUUCCCAAGAGCCCCGAGGGAGGAGUGUGGCUGAUUGGGCUAAAGGAAAGCCGGCUGUAUGAGGCCUUCACCACUCCUCGUGUCUCUUUGCCCCUCAUGAGUCAGCCACAACGCUUGGGGGUUUUCCUGGACUAUGACAGAGGAGAGCUGACCUUUUAUAACGCGGACAGUCCAGAUGAGCUUGGAUUCAUUUAUUCCUAUCAGGCUGAGCUUCAGGGGAAGGUCUACCCACUGUUCGACGUGUGCUGGCAUGAGCGUGGUGCCAACAAGAUGCCAAUAAUCCUACCUCGGCCACUCACUGAAGCCUAGAGAGAUUAGCCUAGAAGCAAUUAUAGCUAUGGCUAUAAACUUGUAUGAUAGUUUACUGAGAGUAUACCUGUAAAUAAAUAUAUAAAUUAUAUUUGACAUUGAUUUCUACAUUGAUUUUAUAAACUACAAAAUGUAUAAAAUAA